CUGGUUUAUAGGUGGGUUUCAUCACCGAUUAAAAUAUAUUAAGUUCCCAUGGAAAACCAGAGAGGACUGUACAACUCCCUGCAUAUGAUAACGUAAUCAAAAUUUAUUUUUGAACGAUUAGCUGGUCAAAAACAUGUCUUAUGAAGUGUGCAGUUAUUAGAUACAAAGACAGACCAUUUAAGAAACUUUACCAUUCACAAAAUUGGUCGUUUUGUAUAUUCUAUUCACAUGUUUGUGUUUACUUGAUGUAGUCUGUUAAAGGUCAUAAGGAUAACAAAUAAAUGGUGUUUAAAAAGAAUUUCCAGUUAGAAGUUGUUCGAGGUGAAGAUAUUGGCAAAUUUUUCCGUGGUGAUUCCUAUAUUGUUUUAAAUACCGAAAAAGUUGGUGAUGAUCUGUUGUAUGAUGUUCAUUUUUGGAUUGGACGUGAAAGCACUGCGGAUGAAUACGGAACAGCAGCUUAUAAAACGGUUGAAUUGGAUACUUUUCUUGACGAUAAAGCAGUUCAACAUCGAGAAGUGGACGGAUUUGAGUCUGAUUUGUUUAAAACUUAUUUUAAUCGCUUUGAAACUCUUGCAGGUGGAUAUGCAAGCGGAUUUAAUCAUGUAAAACCGAACGAAUAUAGACCUCGUCUUUUACUGUUUCACUCAGUUGAUCGUAAAAAUAUGGAAUUAAUUGAAGUGCCAUUUUCAAGGCGUUCUUUGAAUUCAACAGAUGUCUUUAUUUUGGAUAUGGGUAACGAAGCAUAUCAGUGGAAUGGACGUGGGUGCAGUAAAGAAGAAAAAUUCAGGGCAAGUCAGUUUUUACAACAACUGGAGUCUGAUCGAAAUGGAAGGUGUAAAACUGAGGUGACAGAUGAAGAUGGUUCUGAGGAACAUAAAAAGUUCAUUAGUUUAUUGCCAGAUGUUGCAAUAGAAGAAAAAGUUAAACCAAAAAUAGGCAAGAAAGUCAUUUACAGAGUUUCAGAUGAAAGUGGUAAAAUGGAAAUUUCACUUGUAUGUGAAAAUGCAUUACCAAAAGCGUCCUUAACAGAAAACGAUGUGUAUCUCAUUGACAGCGGACAAUCUCUAUUUGUUUAUAUUGGAGUGAAAUGUAGUAGACGGGAAAAAUUGGAUGCAUUAUCUCAUGCACACGAUUACUUGCAAAAAACUGAUCAUCCAUUCGCUCCAAUCACUGUUGUAUCGAAUAAUCGUAAAUCGAAAGAAUUGGACAAACUGCUCGAAUAGUAUUUAAUAGCAGUUAGAAAAAAAGAAGUGAAUGAUCAUGUCAACUUUAAAAAAAUGGAAUGAAAUUCCAAGUAAUAUUAUUCUGACAGUAUUCAUUACAAUACAUUCUGAAGUUAUAUUUACACUUAUAAAGUGUAUUAUUAUAUGCAUGAAUACUAUUUAUUUGUGCCUUAAUUAUCUUAUCUCGUUAUUUAUUCAAACAAUGUUGGUUUGAAUAUUAUGUGUUAUGUGCUUUCAAAUAAAUAAUUGUUUUCCUUCC